AUGGCGGCCACAGCUCCCAGUGCGGCUCCUCCCGCGGCCGCUCCGCCGCAGAGUCCGACGGCGGCUCCCCCCGCCCCGGCUGGGAGCGCUCCUCCCGCGGCCGCGCCGACUCCGCCGGCCGCGCCGGCCCCGCCACCCGCCGCGCCACUGUCAGCCGCGCUCUCGGGCCCCUUCCCCGGCGGCCGCGUGGUGCGGCUGCACCCGGUUGUGCUCGCCUCCAUCGUGGACAGCUUCGAGCGGCGCAACGAGGGCGCGGCGCGGGUGAUCGGGACGCUGCUGGGCACCGUGGACAAGCACUCGGUGGAGGUCACCAACUGCUUCUCCGUCCCGCACAACGAGUCCGAGGAUGAGGUGGCUGUGGAUAUGGAAUUUGCCAAAAACAUGUAUGAGCUGCACAAGAAAGUGUCUCCUAGCGAGAUCAUCUUGGGCUGGUAUGCAACAGGGCACGACAUCACGGAGCACUCAGUCCUGAUCCAUGAGUAUUACAGCAGGGAGGCUCACAAUCCAAUCCACCUCACCGUGGACACGAGUCUCCAGAAUUCACGCAUGAGCAUCAAAGCCUAUGUCAGUGCCCCGAUGGGAGUCCCUGGUAAAACCAUGGGCGUGAUGUUCACACCACUAACAGUGAAAUACGUUUAUUAUGAUACAGAGCGGAUAGGAGUGGAUCUUAUAAUGAAGACCUGCUUUAGCCCCAACAGAGUGAUUGGCUUGUCCAGUGACUUGCAGCAGGUGGGGUCAGCCUCAGCCAGGAUCCAGGACACCCUGACCAUGGUGCUGCAGUACGCCGAGGACGUGCUGUCUGGCAAAGUGGCUGCUGACAACACUGUCGGGCGCUUCCUGAUGGAUCUUAUUAACCAGGUGCCAAAGAUUUCACCAGAGGACUUUGAGACCAUGUUGAACAGCAAUAUCAAUGACCUACUGAUGGUAACCUACUUGGCAAAUCUCACACAGUCACAGAUUGCUCUCAAUGAAAAACUUCUGAGUUUAUAAAGAAACUUUUGCCACCCUACACUUUAAGGAGCCUGAAGAAUGAGCAGAUACACUUUUCUGUGGUGUUAGAAAUUUCCUUGGACUGUAAUUUAAUGACCUACAUGACUUGGUUUACAUCGUUAUUUCCAUUGCUCUGAAAAGCCCCUAACAUGUUUUAAGAAAUGAAUGGGAGCAGCUGCCGUUCAGUUGAGCCUGGUAUUUUAAAAUGAAUAAGAGAAUCUUAUGUCUUGUGGAUUUGUCUACUUGUAUAACAAAAUACAGCUUUAUUGCAAGAAUGUAUUUGGAAUAAAAGUUCCAUUGCAGUGGCAACAAUGGCUUCUGUCCAGAAAAAAACUUUCUCAUUUAUUGUGUAAUGAAUCCAUUCUUGAAAGAGGGUGGGGGGUAAGGUGGCAUCAGGAAAGAAAGAGUGGAUGGGAAUGAAGUCCAGUUCUUUGCAGGUUUUCUUCCAACUGCUAAAGCACACAAAGUGUGGAGGUUUGUGUUGCAUAUAAUAUGCCUUACCAUGAAGGACUGCAGAAUAGUCUCUGGUUUAUCAGUGGUGCUGUGUAUAUCCCUUCAGCAAGGUACUGACAGACUACAAGACAGUAAAUUCAGCUUAUGGUAUCACUUCUAUGCAUAUAAUUAUUUUCUGAUUAUUUGGGAAAGGAGGUAAAGGUCAAUAGCAUUAGCCCCUUGUAAAGGGGGAGUUCAGGGAAUUAAAGCCAGCAAUUGAGUUCAUGGUAUAAGAGUUUGAAAAGCAUUUGUGGCUAAACAAGCUUGGCUACUGGAGCUUCCAUCUUUGCCAAAGAAGAAAAGGACAGCAAAAUGACAAUCCAUGAGAUUUGAGGUUAAAAGUUGGGUGUUGCCAAAUAGGAAUUUUAUGUUUCAUAAUGCUGUACUGCUGCUAAAAUGUGAAGAGAAACCCCAUUUUCUCCCCCAAGAUAAGUUUCAUGUUAAGUAAGUUCCAGCUGGAAGAAAGCCAAUACAAAUAUCAGCUGUAACUUUGCACGGUCUCUGCCAAUACCAUUACCUUUAGAAGCUGUCUUACAGUUCAGCUGUACUGAGGGGGUACUCUGCUUUAGCAGAGUUAAAGCAUCCCUCUUCUACCACAAAACUGUUCCCACCUUACUAGGGACUGUAUCUAGUUUGGUGAAUGAAUUUGAAAUUGAAGUAUGCAAAGAGAGUGUUCUCCAAAACUGGUAAUUUGCCAGCUAAAUCCAAGAAUAAGUCUCAGAUUACAAAUCUAGAGAUCCCAUAUUGGUUGGUACAAUUUAGAGAGUUCCCCCAGUGACUCAAUGCUAAAUUCUAAGUUCUAAUUGCAAGGUCAAUGUAAAUGAAAAGUGAAGGUCCAGCAAAGAUCCUAAUUGAAAAUGUUAUUUGUGAGCAUUAAAUAAGUAUUAGAACUCAACUCAGUUUUUUAUUAGUCUGAAUAAAAAUGUUUUGCAUUC